AAAUAAUGUCACAAUUUUCACACAUGGAGGAAGAGAAAGUGGUCAGUCAGUCAUGCUCCUCUCCUUCUCUGGUUAUACUUUUUACAGUACUUCUUCUCCUACUCUGCAUUUCCUCCUCCAUCUCAUUUCGGCGCUUUUUCGUCCUUCCUCUUCCCCUGAGAAUUUCUGAUUAUAUUUUUUUUCCAAGCUAAGAUAAAAGUGGGGAGGUCCAAUUCCCGUUCGGUUUUUUUUUUUUUUAAUCCACCAGAUUCCUCCCGAUUUCGCGGCUUCUUCGAACCCUAACUUUUAGAUUCGCCGAUUCUGAAAUGGGGAUCCUGAGAAAUGGAUGCUUCUGAACUUUAAUCGCCUUUCGUUGCCCUCGUGAUUCGUGAUUCCUAAAUGCCAGGUCGAAUUCUGGUUUUGGGAGUGGUUUUCUGCUGAAUUUUGAUUAGGUAUUCUGCCUUAACCCGUUAUCCAUUUGGUCUUUGGUGGAUUACUGUACAUCAAUUUCAGUGUAUGGUGGGCCCAAGCAAUGUAUGAGGGGUAACAUUCAUCAGGAUGAAAUUUACUUUAGUCCCAAGAAAGCUCUUGUGAUCCUGUCAUUACCAUUUCAGGAACCGAGACUUGAAAUACUUGGCAAACAUGAUUUUUGGAAAAGAAUUUGAGGAGUUGCAGGAUGAAACUGCUACUGGAUCAUUUGAUGAGACUCAGAUUUUUAAAGAGGUUUUUCUUCAGGGAGGAAGUGGUAGUAAAAGGUGUCUUGUUACCAGAGCUGUAAAUUUUGAAACUGAUACCAAGCAAACCAAUGUAUCUUCUUGUUCAAACAGUGCUGGUACAACUUUAGUUAGUCAACUGUAUCCUUGUGACAUAAAAGAGGAUCCACAAGGUAAGUCUGGAGUGGGAUGUGGUAAUGAGGACUCUUUCUUCACCGAACAUGAAAUCAAGAGAGCAAGGUUAUCGGUGAAUGAUUCUUGCAGUGGACCUAGCUCUCAAGCAUCUUGGAAUUCAGCUGGUUCUUCUGAAGGUGUUGAUUCUAGUCUGCCUGGUGCAAGUUGUCAUUCCGUUACAUAUCGUUUGGUUGAAUCAUCCAGUCAGGGGGUGACUUCUGGCUGCUAUCUUCUGAAGCGUAAUCUGGAACCAAGUGCAGGACAUGAAAGUGAUGACAGUAAGGAAUGUAAGUUGACUAGCUUAGACAAAUUUAACGAGAAGGAAAUUGCUGUCAGUAAUACAAUGGCGCCAAUUUCUCAAGAUAGUCACACUACCAAGCUUUUGGUCAGCAAAUCACCUGUCACUGCUCUAUAUACAACUGCUACAGGUCGACUUGCAAAGCCAAGAUGGAAAGACCAUUGCUUUCUGGAACUGGAUGAGUCUGAAUUGUCAUUGCCAAAAGAUGUAAAAAAUGAUCCCCGUCCCCUCCUGAGGUACCAUAUCAUUUCCUUGCUUGGGGCAUUAGGGUGGGUGGUUGGGAGGCGUAGAAGGAACAAUAAACAGAAUGUGGUUGGGGAACAUGUUUACAAGUCCCCUGAAGGAAGGCCGAUCCGCGAGUUUCAUAGAGCUUGGAGUAUGGUUCGUGGAAGAUUGUUUUCUGAUGUAAAUAACAUUUUACGGAUGACUGAUUAUAUACAAUGGACAGAUGUGACUCAGUUCAGAGACGAUCUUUCUAGAGCAGCUUCAGAGAUAGAAAAACAUCUGGGUAAUUUGAAUAGUAGUGCUGCAUUAGCUCAUCUGUGGUCACUGUUGGACCCUUUUGCGAAUGUUGUUUUUAUUAAGAGGACGCUCCGCUUGUUUAAAGAAGGAAAACCAGUUAAAGCUAGGAGGAGUAUUGUGAUUCAUCCGUACGGAAAAUGUGAAUCUGGUUUUUGUUUGGAUGCCAAUCAGGGUUUAUUAUCUCACAGUUCUUUGUACUCCGAGAAAGGAGAUACAGACUCUUUGAGUAAUGUCACUGCUACAGCUGCUAAAUCUAGGAGUAUAUCAGGUACUGAGAGAAUCAGUUUGAAGCAGAACACAAUCUCGGUUUGUAAGUUGGAUUGCCCCUGCAAGCAAGCUGGUAUUAGUUCGUCUGAUGUUUCAGUAAGUUGUGGAAAUGCACAUACCUCACUUAGAGGAUUUGAUACUGUUUCCCCUGGACAAGAAAGUGGUCGGAGUUCAGUGACUUGUGACAAGGAAAGAUUUGAUCACCAUGAGGAUUUACAUGCAAGAGAUCUUGUGGAUGCCUCUAUGCAUCAGUAUAAGGUAGGUGAUGACACCUUUGAUAUAAGAUCACACAGCCUUGACUUGGCAUCUCUCACUGCUGAUUCUACAUGCAGAAGCUAUGCCUUGAAGUCGGAUAAUGAUGAUGCAUGUUUUACUGCCCAAAAGAGGAAAGUGUCAAAGAAGUCCAAAAAAAUUUCCAAGAUUGGACUUGCUAGUAGUUUAUAUCAUAAUGACUCUCAGCAACGUUACCUUCCAGAAAACCACACUGUAAGGGCCUCAAAAAAAUCUAAGAAAUGCGGUCUUAAGGAUGAUGAUCUUUUGAUUUCUGCAAUUAUUAUUAACAAAAAUGCGAAAGCUACCCAGAAAACAUCCAUCUGCAAAUCCAAGCCUCCGAGGAAGUGGAAGAGGCAGAAAGGUAGUUGCAAGCUGCUUCUUCGAAGUCUUAACAGAGGUGGGAAGCAUUUGAUUGAAGGGAAGUGGUCUCUAGUUGGUCAGAGAAAUAUAUUGUCCUGGUUACUUCAUUUAGGAGUUGUCUCCCUCAAUGAAGUGAUCCAAUAUCGCAGCCCGAGAUCUGACAUUGUGGUCAAAGAUGGAUUCAUAACUCGUGGAGGAAUAUUAUGUAAAUGUUGCAAUGAGUUGCUUUCCAUCUCUGAGUUCAAGCAUCAUUCUGGUUUCAUGCAUAACCGUCCUUGCUUGAACCUUUUCAUGGAAUCUGGCAAGCCAUUCACCUUGUGUCAGCUUGAGGCCUGGUCUGCUGAAUACAAGGCCAGAAAACUUACCCCUCGGUCGGUUCUAGUUGAAGAAAUAGAUGAAAAUGAUGAUAGUUGUGGACGUUGUGGCGAUGGUGGUGAAUUAAUCUGCUGCGAUAAGUGUCCAUCUACAUUUCACCCAGCUUGCUUGUAUGCUCAGGAAAUACCUGAAGGAAAUUGGUAUUGCCCACAAUGCACUUGCCGGAUCUGCUCUGAUGUAGUGGAUAAUAAUGACUCAUCUGGACCUCUUGGCAUGCUUAAAUGCUCGCAGUGUGAGAAUAAAUAUCAUGAAGCUUGCUUGCUGCAAAGGGGGCUGAAAAUUGAAUCUGCUUCUGAUACCUGGUGUUGCAGUGAAAGCUGUGAAGAGAUUUAUGCAGGUCUUCAAUCUCGCAUUGGGGUCAUGAAUCUCAUAUCUGAUAGCUACUAUUGGACUCUUUUGAAGUGUAUUCAUGGUGAUCAGAAAGUUCAUACUGCACAGAAGUUUGUUGCUUUAAAGGCGGAGGUCAACUCGAAGUUAGCUGUUGCUCUUACCAUAAUGGAGGAAUGCUUUCUUCCUAUGGUGGAUCCUAGAACUGGAAUAGACAUGAUACCACAAGUGGUCUACAACUGGGGAUCACAAUUUGCGCGCCUUAACUAUUGCGGGUUCUACACCGUUGUCUUGGAGAAAAAUGACAUUCUAAUGUCUAUAGCAUCAAUCAGAAUCCAUGGAUCAACAGUUGCCGAGAUGCCACUAAUCGCUACAUGUUGCAAGUACCGUCGCCAGGGGAUGUGCCGCCGUCUUCUCAAUUCUAUUGAACAGAUGCUCAAGUCUCUCAAGGUCCAGAAACUUGUGAUAUCUGCUAUUCCUGGUCUUGUGGAAACAUGGACUGAAGGUUUUGGCUUCAAGCCCUUGGAAGAUCAGGAGAAACGAAGUUUGAGCAACUUUAGCCUGAUGGUGUUUCCUGGAACUGUAUGGUUGAAGAAGCCUAUGUUUGUGGAUGACCCCUCUGAUAAAUUAUCAGGUAAAUGUCGAUUCCCCCGUCUAUACGAUGGUGUUCAUCAUUUUUGCUAUCUUUUGUAAAACUUGGUUGGCUUGAAAACAGAAUGUCAAAUUCCCUCCCCUGCUGGAGCUGCUGAGCCUAAUCUUAUGGCUGGGUGCAUCCAAGAAGACCUUUUGGGGCAGCCUGGAGAACAGUCAAUUCCCUUUCAGGAACACCGACUGGAGGAGUCUGAGGGUGAAGUUAGUUUCAGGGUCUUCGGUUCUGGGUCAGAGCCUCAGCUUUGUUCUUCAGUUCAGGAUGGUUUCCAAGCGGAAGAAGGCCAAGAAGUCAGCAACACGGCUGAUGAAAAUCCAAAGUAUGAUGAAACAACUUCAGUCCGGAGGAAUAAGACCGGACAUUCUGGACAAGAAGACGCGGAGUUUACUGAAGCUCAAUAUGUGGAUUCUGGAUGUGAAGAUUCGGAAUUCGCUGAGGCUCAGUAUGCAAAUCAAGUAACGCGUGUUUCUUCAUACAAUGGAAGGUCUUCAUUUUUGGGGAAGUCCCAGCUGGAGAAAGUUGGGUGUUUAGAGGGUCAGGAAUUGUAUGAAAGUAGAAACAGUUUAGUGGAGACAAAGAGUCCUAGAAAGAUCAAUGUAAUUUAAAAAGGGUUAGAAAAGAAAUUCAUUUAUUCUUUAGGGACAUCUGGGAUAUGAAUUGGUUCCCGGGUGAUUGCUUUCCGGUGCACUGCACCCUGUUGUUGUAUGCACAUUUUUGUCGGUUAUAUGUUACCCCCUCACGAAAAAUGGUGAGGACGUAAAACCUUUUUUUUUUUUUUUCCUUUUUCUUUUUCUUUUUAUGUUCUGUCUGGAAAAUUCUUUUUUUUUUUUCCCGGAAAAGUUAUCAAUGGGAGUAUAUUUUUUCCGAAUGUGAUGUAGGUACGGAAUAACUUCUCCAGUUUAAGGAAAAAUUGUAAAGAAAUCAUAAUAAGAUCUAG